CGGAGAAUGUGGAGUAGAGAAUCGCAUUGAUGCGAGCUGCGCAUAUCGACACGUCGUAAUGCAGAUAAGUUGAAACCUAACCUUAUGGAUCAGAGUAUAAAACUGAAUGAGGCUGCAGCUGACUGUGCAGUAAGAACUGAAAUGAUGAAACGGGUCCGGUGUAACUUUUGGAGUGCAGUGUUGGGAGCUCAACUCCUAAAUCUACUAACUGUGGCGACCGCCACACUUGGAGCAGGAGCAGCAUUGCCGGCUCCAAUUGACUGGCGCUACAACGAUGCUCAGUAUGGAAACGCCGAGUACGACAAAAUGUUGGGAGAGGGUAACGAACAGCAGCCGGGUAACUUUCACUUUCAGUAUGUGGACUACCAGCCCAAGUGCGGCUCCGGCGGACAGCCGGUGUGCGCGACCAAUGGCACCAGGUACUUCUACUUUGAAAACGAAUGCAAGCUGGAGGCGGCCAAUAUGAAGCUGCUCUUUCAGUACGGCAUAGAGCUGGAGCCCAUCGAACUGGAGCGCUGUUUGCCCCAGUGCGACACUGCGCGCUGUACGACAGUUUAUGCCCCCGUCUGUGCGGCAGCCAACAACGAGCAGCCUGUGACCUUUGCCAACGAGUGCGAGGCGCACCGACGCGGCUGCCUGACCAAGCAAGUCAUGCAUAUUCUGAACAAGGGGCCCUGUCGGCAGGGCAGAACCAAAUCGAAGUCCUCAGGCAAGAGCAGGCGCAAGCACGGCAAGCGCCGCCACAGGAUCAGCUCUACAACAGCAGCGACACCGAAUCGGGGCAAGCAGACCUACUAUAUGUUGGCAAAUAAAUCGAGCAGCACGUCCACAACAAGCAGCACCACCAGCACCACUACAACCACAACGCCGGUGCCCAUGCAGUUCCACCAUUUCAGGGACAAUGGCGGUGUUUCCGUCUCGCGUGCCAUCGAUGCCUACAGCGUCUACAAUAUACCCGAUGUGGGCCAUAAUUAUGGCGCCAUUACCGACUCGAGUCUGUCGCUUUAUGUGCCUGGUGUGGGCACUGUGACGGACACGCCGCCUAGCACCACUACCACUACCACCACUACCACCACCACAACCACAACAACACCCAAACCAACAACUACAACCACUCAGCGAGAGGAAAUCAAGUUCUUGUAUAUGCCCUACGGCACCACCUCCAGCACCACCGCUGCUACUUUUAUAGACAGCAUUACGGGCACCACUCUACCCGCAGCAUCCACCAGCCCCACCCAGGUAAAAGUGGCAGUGGCUCACAAUGCAACAAAAUUCCAGUCUCUUAGCUCUAGCACUACCCCAAAGCUUGCGCUGGUAAAGCCUCAUCCUAAACCAGAUGUUGUCAAAGAGUAAUCAACAGU